UAUUAUCGACAACAAGUAGCGUUUAUGCGAAUGGAACAGUUGGCGCUGAGAAUUAUUCGUUUGCACAUCUUCUGUUGAACACUUGUUAUUAAUCUCGUAUCGUGCGUGCACAGAAGACAUACUGAACAAAAAUUACUGUGCUUAAAAUAGUAUUACGAUAGUAAUAAUACGAUUGAAUAAAGUAAGAAAAUUAUAAUCUUACGUAGAUUAAUUUUCUAAAAGAAAAAGCUAAGAACAAUAUCAAACACAUUAAGAUGAAAUCGCUAUUGAUUAUCCUUCUCCUUGCAAUUUUUGAAACUGUAAUAGGUAAUAUGACAUCUACUAAUAAUGAGGAAUAUAAUACAUAUGUUGUACACAAUAUAACAGAACAUACAAAUAACACUUGGGAACCUAUGUUUAAAAAAAAAUUGUAUUGGAAAGAAGAAACUUGGUAUCACUUGAUACUUAACUAUUUCUUGUGUAUUUUAAUUCUAACACUACUCAUAAUCGGUAUGUUACUUUGUGCAAUCUGCAUCUCCAAUCGCAAUCUGACUGUGUUCCGAAUCAAUCAGUGCUUUUCUUCCUUUUGGGUCUUUGUUGUGGAUUUACGUUUACGCCUGUUCCAUAAUGAGAACCUUAUUCCGGCGCCGGCACCACCGGCACCACCGGCAUCACCGGUACCGGGAACGUCGCACGAAUUGCCUGAACUUUCCUUACCGUCAUGCAGUACUCAUUUCUUCUUUAUAAAAUAGAAUAUUUUUUUGACAAAAUUAAUUUGAUGAUAACUAAAAUCAUCAUUGAGAAUUUAUCACUAAGAAUUAUAAAACUGGUCAGUAUUAUAAUUAUAAUAUAUAAUUUAAUAGAAAUUAUAAUUAAAAUAUAAGUAUAAUAUCCUUAGAGAAAACCUAGUUAAAAUUGAUUAGCUUUAAAUAAUAGAAAGAUUGACGGUGUAUUAUUAGUAGGGAACAAAUAAAAGUUGUUUAUUUUUUACAUUUAACAUCAUGUGUUUAGUCAAAAUUAUUUCUUCUUCGACUUCAAAUUUUUUUUUAAUUUUAAAUUUGAACUAUUGAAAGUCAAAUCUUCGAUUCGAUGAAACAGAUUGAUUAUUGGCUCUAGCGUUCAAAUUUGUAGCUUGGAUUUUAUAUUUCGAAUUAUUUUGGAAUAGUUCGAUAAAGCAAUUUAUUCAAAUAUCUUAUCUAUAAUCUUUCGUUUAUAAUUAUACAUAAGUUUUAAAAUUAUUGAAACAAGUAUCUAGCUAGAGUU